AUGGUAAAUAAUGGAAGUUCCUGUCAAGUACUACCUCAAAUUUCCGUAUUACAGCCGUCACUACAAUCAUUGACUUGUUUUGAAGGUUGGCGUUUUGAAACGGACCAUUUGUUCCAGCGACCUAAUCCAUUACCAAAUGAGCAAAGAGAAGAGAAAUUUCUGCCAGUUUGGCAUUUUUCUGAGAAAUUUCCUUGGGACAUUGCUAACCGGCUGUCCGAAUUUCCAUACCCAAACGUAACUUGGUGCGUUGUUCAUCCAGAUGGUCACAAAGAAGCACGAAAAUUACAACCUUUGCUGCCUGAAGACCAAUUAAUUUUUAAAGGUGAUCGUGUUCACAUACUAGCUGGCCCGGAUAAAGGAAGAAUCGGUAUUGUUUCUUCAGUCUUAAAAAUGAGACGUUUAGUCUAUGUGGAUGGUCUUAAUUAUCGUGUAACGACUUCUAGAGAUAAUGAUUCCUUAAAAAGAACCGAGGAUCCUUUAGAAAUGGAUUCGGAGGUUGCUCUUGUGGAUCCAUCAAAUAAUGAACCUUGCAAAUGCUCCUGGCGGUACACUAAUGAGGGUAAUCGCGUUCGUGUUUCCUUACAGACAGGUCACGUAAUUCCUCUACCAGCCGCGGCCAGAUAUUUAGAUGACUUAACUGAUCCAAAAACAGCCGUUGUCAAUUCAAAAGAUACUUGUGAACCGUUUGUUUGUGAAGUAUCCCUUAAGUCUUUUGAUUCGACAUCAGAUGUCAGUUUCGAAAAGAGUUUGUCCAAGCAUUUUAAUUUAAAAGAUGAUUGUCUCAAACAAACUCCCACAUAUUGGUAUUAA